GAGGCCCCGCGAGAAGCCCGGCUCCCGCCGGAGCGUUCGCGUUGCUUCGGCAAGCGGCUCGCCAUCUUUUCCAGGCGGCCGGCUCUCAGGCGGGAUGCUGUAUUCUCUGCUGCUUUGCGAAUGUCUGUGGCUUAUGACCGGUUAUGCUUAUGAUGAUGACUGGAUUGAUCCCACAGACAUGCUUAACUAUGAUGCUGCUUCAGGAACAAUGAGAAAAUCUCAGGUGAAAUAUGGUGAAGGGAAAAAAGAAGUCAGUCCUGACUUGUCAUGUGCUGAUGAAUUGUCGGAAUGUUAUAGCAAACUUGAUUCUUUAACUCAUAAGAUCGGUGAGUGUGAAAAGAAAAAGCAGGAAGACUAUGAAAGUCAAAGCAAUCCUGUUUUUAGGAGAUACUUAAAUAAAAUUUUGAUUGAAGCCAGAAAGCUUGGACUUCCCGAAGAAAACAAAGAUGAUAUGCAUUAUGAUGCUGAGAUUAUCCUAAAAAGACAAACCUUGUUAGAAAUACAGAAGUUCCUCAGCGGAGAAGAUUGGAAGCCCGGAGCCUUGGAUGAUGCACUAAGUGAUAUUUUAAUCAAUUUUAAGUUUCACGAUUUUGAGACAUGGAAGUGGCGAUUUGAAGACUCCUUUGGAGUGGAUCCGUAUAACGUGUUGAUGGUGCUUCUGUGUCUGCUCUGCAUCGUGGCGCUGGUGGCUACCGAGCUGUGGACGUACGUGCAUUGGUACACCCAGUUGAGACGGGUUUUAUUCAUCAGUUUUCUCGUCAGCUUGGGCUGGAAUUGGAUGUAUUUAUAUAAGCUAGCCUUCGCACAGCAUCAAGCCGAGGUUGCCAAGAUGGAGCCUUUGAACAAUGUGUGUGCUGAGAAGAUGGACUGGGUCGGAAGUCUUUGGGAAGUGGUUAGAAGUUCAUGGACCUAUAAGGAUGACCCGUGCCAAAAAUACUAUGAGCUCUUGUUAGUCAACCCUAUUUGGUUGGUCCCACCAACAAAGGCACUGGCAGUUACAUUCACCAACUUUGUCACGGAGCCAUUGAAACACAUUGGAAAAGGAGGCGGUGAAUUUAUUAAAGCGCUCAUGAAGGAGAUCCCCGUGAUCCUUCACAUCCCCGUGCUGAUCACUAUGGCGUUGGCUGUCCUGAGUUUCUGCUAUGGUGCUGGAAAAUCAGUUAAUAUGCUCAGACAAGUAGUUGGUCCCGAGAGAGAAGCACCCCGGGCACUUGAGCCGGGUGACAGAGGACGGCAGAAAGAAGUUGGUUAUAGACCCCAUGGUGGAGCAGGUGAUGCAGAUUUCUAUUAUAGAGGCCCGAUCGGCCCCGUUGAGCAAGGCCCUUAUGACAAAACUUAUGAGGGUAGAAGAGAUGUUUUGAGACAGAGGGAUGUUGACUUGAGACUUAAGACUGGCAACAAGAGCCCUGAAGUGCUCCGGGCAUGUGAUUUACCAGACGCAGAGGCGAGAGAGCGGCCCAAGGCGGUGCCCAGUCAUAAAUUACCUGUUUUGGAUGCAAAGCCCAAAGAGAUUGGUGGAAUCCCAGGAGGAGGCACUCCGCCAGAAAGCAGCACUGAAAGCAGCCAGUCCACUGAGCCUGUCUCUGGUCCAGAGACAGCAGAGAAGGCGGAAGGUGCAUCUGCGGAAGAAAAGGGCCAGCUCCGGACCGAAGCCAGAGGCAGCCCAGAGGAAGGCGGUGCAUCCGGCCCCGCCAGCUGUGGAAAGGAUCUGGAUGGUGGCCCACGGGGCUAGAGGAACACAGACUCGGACCACAGCUCUGAGGCCAUCUUUGGGUUUUGUAAAGUAUACUCUUUCUUCACAGCCAUGCACUGUUCUCUCCACAUAUUCUGACAUUUACAGGUGCCAACUUCUACAUUAAUGAUGUUUAAUGACCAUCAGAACAAAUGAAUACGCAUGUGUUUCUGUUCUGUUUUUAA